CAUUAGCCUAAUAGAACCCUUCAAAGAAUCAGACGGGCUUAACUGUGAAAAUUUGUCUCACACACUAAGUUCUCAGAGAAAGGUCUACCUGUCAAUGUGAUAUUAGUUGAUGAACAUUGUCGUGAUCGCAAACAAAUUGGACAUUGUUUGUGAAGUAGUUGCCAACAUUUCGGAUUAGACGGAACGAAUUCCCACUUUGGGUUGUUGAGUGUUUUUGAUCCCACCGUUUUUGAUCUAACGUUAUAUCUGGCAAAUGAUAACGUUAAGGCAUAUUUGAUAAAAGUUCUGGAGUUUAGUAAGAUAUAAUCACACCCACAACUGAUAAAUCUUCCCGUUUAAUACCAGUAGUAAACUUUGGUGGCUAAAAUAUAUAACGUAUUGUGGUGAGUUGUGUACCAACUAAUGUAAAUAGCUUUUAAGUCGACCGAAAAGAUUUAAGAAAACUGGUUACAUAUUACUUAAUUUAAACGUGACUUCCAGUUAAAUACUGUGGAAUGAUUGAAAUGUUAUGUGAAUAGUUGUUAGGUUUGUACAGGUCAUUUAAACCUGUACUCUCUUUUUUAUGGCAAGUGACAUAGAUGGAUAAGUUCCUACCAAAGAAUCCAUAUUUGGCUUAAGAUUUAAGUCACUAUCCUGUCUGAAUUUUUCAUUGAAAUCGUAUGUCUUUGUAAGACCGUAAGUGAUCAUUGUCCUGAUUCGAUCAAAUGUAAUCAAAUAAAAAAGAUGUACCCAUAGUUUAUCAUUGGCACACCACCUCUAGGUCGGCGUUUCUGACCACUAUGUUAUUCUUGUAGUGUCAGAGCUAUGAAAGGUAAGCCUCAAUGUUCAAGUCGGACUUCUGGUUUAGAGCCUAGUAGAUCUUACUGAAGCGACCCAUCAAUCACAUUAUUUCAUAAUUUUUACUUUCAGCAAACGUCUGUCAUGUCAAACUAGUGUUUUGUUUGUUAACUGUAGGAAGGGUUAUGGGUCUGUUAUAAAUAACAAAAAAAUGGUGGUAAUCCCUUUGGCGUUUGAACACAUUCUUGAAAAGUAACUAAUUUGAACACAUAGAUCUCAACGAUUCAACGUCAGUCGUAAAGGAAAGACUGAAAAGAAUGAACAUGACUGAUUUGAACGGUGGUGCUAUCUGUGGUGUUUCAUCUCUGGUAGAAGGUCGGUUUGAGUGCAAAAAGCUUGUUUAGUUAUUUUCAGCUCAUUCCACUAGUUGUGUUGCAUGAUAUCUAGUUACCUAUGGAAUGUAUGUUUUAUUCUACAUGAACCACUGUAGUCACUCAUUCGGGGCAUAAAUAUUGUAGCUAGAAAAAGUGCUCAAUUUAUAAAUAUUCUUCAUUUUAUGUAGUUCUGCUAUCUCUAUUCAGGUUUUCCAGGACAAUGGUACUACUACUUUUAUCUAAUAGUACGCACAGUGGCUGAAUAGUUAUUAUUUUUCUUUUAUUUGUCUAAACGUAACUGUUGGUGCAAGGAGACACCAAAUAUAUAUGCACCACAUAAAUUCGAUUUGUGCUAGGGCUGAAAUACUACCCGGGUGUUUGAACUGAUGCAGCUGCUCAGUAAUAACAAUUAUAUGAUCACAGAGCGUCUUUUUAUCAUCGCUCUCACAUGGUAGUACUUUCUAAUGUGGAAUUUGUGGAAUCCGAAAGUAAUAAGAGUCCACUUAAUUUGACACAAAUUUGAUCUUGAUGGCACAUUUUUCACUUUGUUUUAAUGUACAUUUGACUAUUUAUUAUGUUUUCUACUUUUUGUCUAAUAUACUGUCCCUAAUAUUUUAUUUCUCUACUACCGUUGUCACAACAAUUAUUGUUUAUUGUUCAUAUGUCAUAGUUUUUCUCCCCUAUUUGUAAUGUGGAACAACAUAUCAAAUUCAUUAGAAGUAUUAUGUUUUUGCAUAAUGUGUAUGGGUCAUUUUCCCAAAAAAUUCCAUUUCUGAUUGAAUUUAGUUGUGACCACAUAGAAAAUUGAUAUUUUAGAGUUAAUGUUUUAAAGUUUUAAAACCCUGUGUCUCCUUUUUUAUUUAUUUAUAUUUUUUCGGAUAAAAACAACUACUCUACUUGUUCUGUUUAUAUUCAAGUCAGUUUAUUGUAAGCUUAUUAUUGCAAGUAAUUAUUCUGCACAAUGACCGUGGAUUCUGCGGUAACUAUUAUACCUAUUCUCCAACAAAAAUGUGACACUUUAAAAAGCAAGAUAGCAGAUUUCACUUUGGUUAAUCAGGCCUUACAAUUGAAAACUUAUCAACUAUUAAAUUUCAUCAAUCGUCACGAAGAUUUCUCUGGUUUAAUUACAAAAGAAUACGAUGAGGUUUCUAACGAUAUUAAUAUUGUUCAGUCAGCCAUAGAUAGGUAUACAUGUGAACUGGAAGAUUGGAAAUCGAAACUUGAUCAGUAUAUGAUGAUGGUGACAACUGUGGUGUUAAAUAACAGUACUAAUAGUACAACUAACGGUAGUAAUGUUAGUAAUCUUAAUAAUAAUAACAAUGGGGAUGACAGUAUCAAUUUGACAUUUGGGUCAACUAAAUUACCUAUUGUUGCGUCAUCUCAAUCUCCGUCUCUUCCAUCCGUGUUCUUAUCGUCAACGAACUCCCCAGUUCAACUAGAUAAUUCAUCUUUAGGAACUCUACAAAGUGUUAAUAAUAAAUUUUCUGAGUUUAAAUCAUCUCACCCAACAACAACAACAACAACAAAAUUACGUUUACGUGCACACUUUCCAAACAGUCAAUUUACAUUAGUUGAAAUUAAAUCUGGACAACAAAUCAAACAUGCUUUAGAAAAGAAAUUAUCACAUCGUGGUCUACACUUAGAACAGUUAAUUGUUUACCGAUCACGUACAGGUCUACCAGUUUCAUGGGAAGAUGACGCUGAACAAAUUGCUUUAAUUGGUGAAGAAUUAAUAGUUGAUUUUGCUCGACGAAACUUUAAACGUUUAGAACAUCAUUUUCAAAGAAAGACAUUUUUUGAAAAGGCUUAUUGUAAUCUAUGCCAUAAGUCUAUAUUCCAUGGUGCUAUAUGUAAAGCCUGUGGUUGCGCCUAUCAUAAUCGUUGUCUUCCGCGUGUCGAUAAGAAUUGCUUGUCCAAUUUAGAUGAUGAUGUUUUCUAUGUUGGUGAUCAACUAAGCAGUCGAAACUCUUUGGGUACUUCUAAUUCAUCUAUACACGGAUCAAAUUGGUUAGUUUCUUCAAAUGCAACACCAGGCUAUACACAUUUCUAUCAUUUUAAUCCUGAAGACCUAACAACAGUUCGUGUAUUGACUAAUUCUACUGGAGGUGGUUUCGAUAGUAAUAAUCUUCUAUUGAAUAGUCAAUAUCUUCCAACAUCUUUCGGAAGUGGAGGUGGACAUUUUCCUCGUCAGUGUUUGUCACUAACCUGUAGAGAACGUUCAUCGUCAACACCGAAUGUAUCGAACAAUUUAAUUCCACCAAAUCAACAGAAAAGUUUAUUCACUCCCAGUUCACUUGGAAAGCGAGAGGCAAAUAAAAUUAUUCAAGGAUCGCCUUUACACAUUGUAUAUCCGGUUACAAAUUAUAAUUAUACAACUGGUAAUGGAGUACCGGAAAGUCCAUCAAUUCCCAAUGAUGGUUGUUUUCUAUCAAAUUUAUCUAUACCAUAUAAUCAAAGAUCUGGCAGUGAUCCAAAACAAUCUAUCAAAGUAAAAAAUAGACGUGGUUCAAAUGAUGAAUGGGAGAUAAAUGGACAAGAAAUUACUAAAGGUCCAAGAAUCGGUUCUGGAUCAUUUGGUACUGUAUUUAAAGGUUAUUGGCAUGGAAAUGUUGCUAUUAAAGAAUUGAAUGUUGUUGAUCCUACACCACAACAAUUGAAAGCUUUCAAAAAUGAAGUCAGUGUAUUGAGAAAGACACGACAUGAAAAUAUUCUUUUAUUUAUGGGUUGUGUCUCUAAACCAUGUAUAGCUAUCAUCACUCAAUGGUGUGAAGGGUCCAGUUUGUAUAAACAUCUUCAUGUGUUAGAGCAUCGUUUUGAUGUUCCAGAACUAGUCGAUAUUGCCAAGCAAACAUCACAGGGAAUGGAUUAUUUACAUGCUAAGAAUAUAAUACAUCGUGACUUAAAGUCAAGUAAUAUAUUCUUACAUGAUCGUACUGUGAAAAUUGGCGAUUUUGGUUUGGCCACAGUAAAAAGUCGUUGGUGGAAUACUGGUUGUCAACAACCAACUGGAUCUAUAUUUUGGAUGGCUCCUGAAGUUAUUCGUAUGGAAGGUGAAACACCAUAUACUAAUCUUUCAGAUGUAUACGCAUAUGGUGUAGUGAUUUAUGAAUUGAUUACUGGUCAACUACCUUAUUCUCAUUAUAAUAAUCGUGAUCAAAUUUUAUUUCUUGUUGGUCGAGGUUUAUUAAAACCUGAUCUAACUGUAUGUCGUGCAGAUAUCCCUCAUCAAUUACAACGUUUAUCAUUAGAUUGUUGCAGUUUUCAACGUGAAAAUCGACCACCAUUCUCUCAGAUUUAUCCAUGUUUAGAUUCAUUAUAUCGUUCAUUACCAAAAUUACAUAAAUGUUCAUCAGAACCAAAUAUUAAUGGUAUUGUAUCACGUGGUAAUAUAGCAAUUGGAUCUUCAAACAAUGAACGUUUCGGUAUGGAUGAAUUUAAUGAUAAACGUAUUAUUUCUAAUAAAUCUGCUACAGUUACAACUAAUUAUUUAAGUUUAUCACCAAAAACACCAUUUAAUAAUAGUAAUAGUAAUAAUAACAAUAAUAAUAAUAAUGGUAAUACAAUAUCAUCAUCAAUUACAAAUGAAUUGUUUUUUACAAAUCGUAACUUAACCGAUACUACUACUAAUACUACUACUACUACUACUGCUAUGACAUCAAAUUCAUCAAAUAAUUUAGAUAAACAAUCUACAAAUACAACAAUAAACAAUGACCAUUUAUCAUCACCUCCUCCCCCACUUCAUCUUUCUGAUAAUAAUAAUAAUAAUAAUCAUACAGAAGAACAUGUUGAUCGUACACCAUCAUCAUCAUCUAUCAUACAUGAUACAUCCUCUAAUACUUCUUCACCCCCAUCACCAUCAUCAAUUGUAAACGAACGUACAAUAUUGAUUGUAGACAAUAAAAUUGUAUGAAAAAGAGAUUGAAUAUAAUUUAUGAUGAUAAAUAUUCUUUUUUCUUUUUAUUGUUUGUUUAUUAAUUUUCUUCUGAAAAAAAAGUUUUUUUAUUCUGUUUUUUCUUCUUUCUUUCGUUUGUUUGUUUGUUUGUUUUUUCUUAAUUGUUGUUAUUGAAUUAAUCAAAUUUUCUCUUUAUUAUCCAUUCAUAAUGAUGAUAAUUAAAUCAUUGAAAUAUUUAUGUUGUAUUUAACCAUUAGAUUGUAAACCCCUUUCAUGUUAUAUACACACGCACGCACAUACACAUAACAACAAUGAAAAAUUGUAUACAAAUAAACCGAUACACAUUAUUACAUGAUAAAUAAGUUAUAUGAUCCCCCCCCCUUUUCUUGUUUUUUUUGGACAGUUUUAUAAUUGUAUAAAGUUUUCCUCUUUAUUAUUUCUAUUCAUCGUUCUUAGUUGUCAUCUGUGAUAGGUAGUUGUUUUUUUUUGUACAGCUUACACUUUGCCCAUCCCCCAUAGAUAUGUAUGCUGCUUCUCAUAUGAUAAGAUUCUUUUCAUUGAUUUCAUGUUAUUGUUGUUGUUGUUGUUUUCUUCUCUCUUUCUUUCUGUUUAUAAAGUCUAACAAAACAACAUAGAUUCAUUUGGUUAUUUAUUUUCAUUUUUGGUCAUAGUGAUUUCAAGUUUAUUUUUGUUUUGUUUGUUUUUGUCAAAAAGAAAUAUUAUGAAUGAUUAUUGUUCCAUCAGUGUACUUUUCAAACGUUUUUUCUCUCUUGAUAUUCUCGCUUCACUUAUCUUGGAAGUCU